CCUGCCAAGCUGGUGUACGAGUCUCGCCUCGUGCAUGUACAUGGCGCCAAAUAGCCACAAACGAAAGUGCGUCGCAAUCGUCGGCAACACGGAUAACCGAGGAAUUUCACUGGAAUAACCCUGACCACGUGACUCAGGCGACGGGGAAGGGAUUCAUCGCCUGCAUAAAUAGGGGGACGGCAUCGUCGAGGCAACACUCAUGUAGCAUUCAUUCAGCCGACUUGUUAAGCGAUAUAGUUUAAAGCAGCGCUUCUACUGUGCAGUGAGAAAUCAUUUGAGAGACCUGGAAAAGCGAAAAAAGGAUAACGUGUUAAAAUCGGCUCGAUGAUAAGACGUGUGUUGAAUUGUUUAAUCGAGUGAUAAUCGAUACUGUGUGAAUACCGUAUAUAGUGAUUCGGGAAACUACCCGCAACCAAAGGAUUACAUUGAUUGAUCGAUCAGAACCACCACCGACCUUCGGAUCGACCGAUUGUUUUCAUCCGACGUAAGAAUUCCACCGACGGCCAACAAAGUUCAACCGUUCCGCUCGACAAUUUAUAGAGAAGAACUAAGAACCAGCACCAAAAUGACUUACAAGGAUGUACUUGCUGUUCCGCCCCCCCAGAACGUCACUUUCGAAAGCGGCAAACUGCCAUCCAACCUGCAGCAAGAGUUGAGAUCUCAGGGGACGGGAAUGCAGGUGACAUGCGGUAUGCUGCCUACUCUGCAAGCCCUGGCCUCUUGGGGUUGUCGAAGCCUGCAAGGGAGCGUGUGCCUUGUUUCAUUGUACGAAAAGCCGGACCCCGCAUGGCAUCUCCAGAUGACACUACUCGAAGCCUAUUGUCGCGAGCAUGAGAUCGAGGUCGUCAAAGUUAGAGCCAAGUACUUGAGGGCGGCGUUGGGUCCUCAGCACAUGGACAUUUCCUGCGUCUUGAUAGCGCCGGCGGACCCGUUCGACCUGGAACCACCUGCGUGAUUUGGAAAGUCAGAUGUGAAUUAAUUCACAG